UGAGCUCCAUCAUCUGUUCGCUGCUUGUUUUUCGCUUUUCGCAAACCAAAACAAAAUGCCAGAAGGUGUGCGAGGGUAGUUGUGUUCGACACUGUCCGAAGUUGGGUUUGAAGGUUGAUCAGGGACCGCGGGACGUCCGAAAUGGCGUCGGUCGACUCGGGCGUCGAGACGGAGAACGACAGCAACGACAGCAGCCAGGAGAACAACCGUCGCUCGAUGGACCAGAGUCCAGCGUCGUCCCUGCGCGACUCGCGCAGCGCGUCCGAGAACUCGUUCUUCAGCGGUCGCGACCCUGUGCCGAGCACCUCGCAGCAGCCGGACGGAGGUGCGUCCUCGUCCAAGCAGCAAACCCAGAGCAAGCCUGGUGGUGACCUGGUCGCCAGCCUCGAGGUUGACCUCGAAAACCUCAACCAGCUGAAAGAAAAGUUUCGACUGAUUUGCUCGACCUUUUCAAAUUCUGCCGCACCUCGGAGGAAUUUCGCAGCGGACAAUGGAAACGGAUCGUCGUCGUCGCUGUGGGAAGCCCCCAGUUUAUUCACCAGCGAACCUGUUUUUCACGCUGAGAACUCAGAAAUGUUGGAAAUCGAGCCGCCGGCUGGGCUCGCGUUUGAAAACUUGCGACCAAGAAAUGGGGCGCUCACCAAUGGCCAAGGAUACGAAGUUUCUAACGACACUGCAUUUUCGAGGCGGCUGGAUGGCCAGAAUCGAUUCAAAGCAAUCCGCAGGAUAUACCGGAAUCAAUCUCGACAAGCGCGGCAAGCACUCAUUGAGCCGCUGACUGUUUUUUAUGAGAGAAAUCUGCGCAGAGCUGUCUCCGCCAAUAAUAUUGAGACUGUGGAAACCCUUUUGAACUCUGGCGUGAACCCCAACGCUUGUGAUGAGUUCAAGAGGGCUCCCCUUCACUUGGCCGCAUGCCGCGGUUUUAUUCAAAUACUCCAAUUGUUGCUAGACAAAGGUGCAAAUCCUAACCAAAAGGACUCAAUGGGCAACACGGCCCUCCAUUUGGCAGCUUGUACAAACAAUGUUCCUGUUGUCACACUUUUGCUCAAAGCAGGAACUGACGUUUGUUCCCUGGACCAGUACGGUCGGAAUCCACUGCAGUUGGCGCAGACGCGGCUGAAAAUGCUGCAGGCGACGGCGGCGUCGAACCCGGACGCCAUGCAGGUCAAAAGUGAGGUGCAGAAUGUGAUCGACAUGAUGCAGAUCUACCUGCAUCGCAUCGGCUCGCAGAACAGAGAUGCCGAGAAUGAGCUGCUCAACUCGUUUUCAACGCGGCUCACCCUUUCACAAACUUCCCAAGAGGUCGACCACGAACUGAGAGGUCUCCUUGCCAGUCUGUCCAAUCUCAACAUAAGCAAGACGCCUGGCAAGGGAGGCCUUGAAAGCAUAGACGUCUAGCACAGUUGUUUGACUGUCGACAGAUCAGAAAUUUCACUAGCCAAGAUGUUGCUCAGGCGACGGCUGCAGUCGUGGCUGUUUUUCCGGCUGGCCGCCUUCCUGACCGUGAUCAGCCCCGUUUGAGUGUUCGGCCGCCUCAUAUGCACAGCCAACUGCUGCUGGCUGUGUUCAGCGUGGCCGCCGGCCUGCAGGGCCUGGUGGUGGCGCUCAGCGUGGCUUGUAGCUGCCGCGUCCCCAAGACUGUGUACACGUGGCCGCCUCCCGCGGCCAGGCGCUGCACAAGGCGCCCAGCGCCAUGCACCUCCUCCAGUGCGACGCCUCCCCGGUCUGAGACACCACAAAAAUUUCAACUGAUGAACAAAAAUAAAUGUCUGCUUAUCACCCCCAUACAAUCCAUAAUUGUAAAACUAAAAAUGCAAUCUCGCUCUGUAUUAAUAAAUAAUGUCUAAUUUGG